GCGUGGGGAGGCGGAUUUCCUCCGCGCGGCCGCCGACACCUCCCCGGGGCCCCUUUCCCGCGGGCAGCUGCAGAGGCAGGUCCGAGCUUGGGAGCCCGGCCCCAUGGAGCUCGCGGGCCGGAGGAGCCGGCCCGAGGAGGGGGAUUUUCCCGAGGAGGAGGAGGUGGACCCCAGGAUCCAGGGGGAACUGGAAAAGUUAAAUCAAUCCACAGAUGACAUCAAUCGAAGAGAAACCGAACUUGAGGAUGCACGCCAAAAAUUCCGCUCUGUGCUGGUGGAAGCUACAGUGAAACUAGAUGAACUAGUAAAGAAGAUUGGAAAAGCUGUGGAAGACUCUAAACCUUACUGGGAGGCCCGGAGGGUAGCCAGACAGGCACAACUGGAAGCUCAGAAAGCGACUCAGGAUUUCCAGAGGGCUACUGAGGUGCUGCGUGCUGCCAAGGAAACCAUUUCACUCGCUGAACAGAGGCUGCUGGAGGAUGACAAGCGUCAGUUUGACUCUGCCUGGCAAGAGAUGCUCAAUCACGCCACCCAAAGGGUCAUGGAGGCAGAGCAGACGAAAACAAGAAGUGAGCUGGUGCACAAGGAAACGGCAGCCAAAUACAAUGCUGCCAUGGGCCGGAUGAAACAGCUAGAGAAGAAACUGAAAAGGGCCAUCAAUAAAUCCAAGCCUUAUUUUGAACUGAAGGCAAAGUACUAUGUACAGCUAGAGCAAUUCAAGAAGACUGUGGAUGACCUGCAGGCAAAGCUGGCCCUAGCCAAGGGAGAGUACAAAACAGCCUUGAAAAACCUGGAGAUGAUCUCAGAUGAGAUCCACGAGAGGAGACGGUCUUCUGCCAUGGGACCCCGGGGGUGUGGUGUGGGUGCGGAAGGCAGUAACACCUCGUUGGAAGAUCUUUCCGCAUGUAAACUGGAGUCGGACUCCAUCUCCAGGGAUAGGGCAGAAGGAGCUGAGAACAAGAUGAGCAACAAAGUGAACAAAAAUAGGAGCAGCAGUGGCAACUCCACUGAGGGUCUGGCUUUGGAUAACCGAAUGAAGCAGCUUUCACUCCAGUGCAUGAAAGUCAAAGAGGGGAUCAUUGCAGACAGAAAAGCUGUACAAAUUGGCUGAGUCCUCCUGCUGCUCUGGUUAAUGGGAGUAUAAAUAUACAUGAACUUCAAAAUGUCUGAGGAACAUUGUGCCAAUAACUAUUUAAUAUAUGCCAAAUCUUAAGCAUUUACUCUACAGAUUUAAAACUGCACUAAAGAAGUUUAAUUGAUGUUGAGGGCUGAAGUUUUUUUUUCGGUAAAAUCUUCGUAGGACAGACAAGUUGUCAAAUAUGUAAGUUGUGCUCGCUGUAUUUCACAGCCUUUGUAAACUGUUUUGUAGCAGCCUGGCUGAAGCAAUAACUAGCAUUGUUCCUGUAUAAACACAUGCCAGUAGGGGUGUGAAAUCCAAGCCAAACACUUGUGAGCAGUUUGGCUUCAGUUUUGUAGAAUGAGAUGCACUUUAGAUACAGUGGAUCUCUGAAGUGGAAUUGGCAUAUCCUUUAAACAGCCGUAUUUGUCUGUAUUAUUCUGAAACUGUAGAAGUAUUUUAUAUACAAGGCAGCUGUUGCAUGUGUGGGUCUAGAAGUCUUCGGCCUGCCUCCAAUGCUCAUGAGGAAACUAGUCAUGACCUAAAGUAUUGGCCCAAGAGGGUGGCAGAAAUGUGGCAUUAUUACUCAAUAGUUGUGUGCUCUUUCUAGCCCCCUACUUUCCGGGGUGGAGUGUGUGCGACUUUUCCAGGGUUAAUCCAGUGCCAAAAUGACAGAUUUAACUUGUUUCUAAGAAUUUGAGUAUCAUUUUUCAGCACCUUAAGUGUUGUUACUGUAAAACGGCAUGAAUUGGUAUGUGCCAGAGAGAAGUAGUUAUAGAUCUCGACCUAUCGAAUAUUAGAGGCUCGUCCUUAAGAUACGCAUGAAGAAAAGGAGUUGCUAAUGUGGAUUGAUGAUGUGUUAAUUUCUCUGUGGGUUGUAGGGGUUUUAGAACUGUUUAAGGGACCUCCAAUUUUAGUAUCCCCUAGAGAAACUGUUCACUAAAAAUAGAAAGGGAAUGGGGGCAUGUUUUGGCAGCAGCUGUUAGGAAGUAGUGGUGUCUGGUAGUUAUGCUAAUAAGUGGUAGCAAAAAUCCUAGGACUUCUCAGUUUUGGUAGCUGAACAUUUCUGAAAGCACCCUACUAUAUCUAAAGUAUUCAGUUUUUUGUUGUUAAUUGGAUGGGAGUUUAGCAUCACCCAAAGUAUUUUCUAUUCCAUGUUUUGCAGUCCUGGUGUAUUUUGUCCCUGCCCCUUGGCUUGUGUAUCUAUUCUCAAAGUAAAUGUAAAAUUCUUCACACUACAGUAAACAUUUUGGUUUUCCACA